CAUGAUUGUUUAUCGCAUGCAACUAUUUUAUGAGAUUUUGAAUCCAACAGCCUUAAAAAGCUUCAUAUUGUUUUUGCAUGGCCUGAAUACCAAGACUAAAGACAUCAUAGGGUACUUCGAGCCAAUCGCAAGGGAAUACCCGGAAACACAAAUUAUUUUGCUGCAAGCUCCCAAACAAGAGGUUGUUGUUUACAAUCCGGUGCAGGUAACCGCAUGGUAUAAGUUUAAAAUCGACGAGACUGUUAUAUAUGAAGAGCGUAAGAGCAUGGAUGAAUCACGCCAAACAAUCCUUAAACUCAUUGAUGAACUAAAAAUUCCAAAGGAGCGAUUAGUUAUAUGCGGCUUUUCGCAAGGUGGCGCGAUGGCACUCUAUACCGCACUAACACAUUCGGAAAAGUUUAUGGCUGUCAUUGGUAUGUGCACAUAUCUGAGUUCACAUUUGUUCUACCAGAAAAACCAUGCGCAGAAAACAAUAAUGAUAUGCGCCAAAAAUGAUGAAGUGUUUUCGCUUGAAUUUGUCCGUUUUCUUGUUUCCGUUUACAACAGGUUUUUUGGCAAUAUUAUUUUUAUGGAAAUGAAUGGUAACCACACUAUGAAUUACGCGAUUUUGAAGGAUAUAUACAAACAUAUCAUGAAUGAAAAGAAAAACGGCUUGGUAUUGAACAGUAAUACUGUGUAAAACGGAAAAUGUACCUAUCAGUACCAUUCUUGUAUUUGUAAGUAAACAUACAUUGAAAAGAUAUGUAUCUAAACCCACUAUUUGGUCUUUUGAGGCAUUUGCUGGUUAUCAGCUCAUUAUUAUUCCAUAAUUUAAGCCUGUGGUACUGCAAAUCAUACUAGUUAAU